ACCAACUUCAGGCCCUUAUACAGCCUUUACUUUGUCCUGGCUGCAAUAAGUCUUCAUUAAAAUUAAAUUCUGAUGAAAAAUGUCGCAAAGGCCUGUCGCAAAGGCCUGUCUGUUAAACUUAGCAUUAACUGUGAAACAUGCAGGACAGUUGUAAGUAGCAACCAUACAUCAGGAUAUUCUAAAGAAAAUAAAAGAUAUUCUGUUAACAAUUCUGCAGUUCUAUCAUCAAUCUUAUGUGGAUUAGGUUCCUACACAUUUAACAAACUGUGUGAACAUUUAGACAUACCUGGAAUGUGUAAAAAAAACUUUCUAAAUAUUACUAAACUAAUUUACAAUAAAGGUGAUGAUAUCCGACAGGCCCUAGAACUUAAAACUGUUGACCUUAUUCGUCGAAAGCAUGCGGAGGAAAGUGGAGUUUCUAUAAACGAAGAAGAUAUCAUUGAUAUUGAUGUCUCAUAUGAUGGCUCGUGGCUAACCAGAGGACACACUUCACAUAUUGGAAUUGGAUGUGUUGUUGAUGUGUUAACAGGAUAUGUUUUGGAUUUCCACAUAGUUUCAACAUUUUGUUUGGUCUGUCAAACCACUGGCAGAAAGAUUAAAGAAAAAUCCCCAUCACAGUAUUCAGAAUGGUUUGAAACACACAAGCCUUUUUGUGAAAUCAACUACACAGGUUCAUCAGCUAUGAUGGAAACACAUGCCGCAGAGGUAUUAUGGCUGAGGUCAGUUACAAAAUUUAAGCUUCGCUACACAUCAAUGUUAUCUGAUGGAGAUGCUAAAUCUUUCAAAAGAGUAACUGAACUUAAACCUUAUGGUGACAUUCCCAUAGUAAAAGAAGAAUGUGUCAACCAUGUUGGUAAAAGGAUGGGAUCUGCACUUCGAAAUUUAGUUGCUGAUUGUAGCAAAAAAGGUACUUCUCUUGGAGGCAAAGGGCAUGGUAAACUAACUCAAAACACUAUAAAAAAGUUAACACUUUAUUACUCUAGAGCCAUUAGAAAGCACAAAAAUGUUUCUGAUAUGCAGAAAGCUAUAAUGGCAUCUCUUUAUCAUUGCUUGUCAACUGACAAAUCACCGAAACAUCAAUUGUGUCCAACUGGAUCUGGCUCGUGGUGCUUCUACAAUGCUGCUGUUGCUAAAAAUGAGACUCCUGGUCCACAUAGCAAGCUUCUCUGCACUCCUCUAAAUUAUAAGCUACUAGCUGACCACUUAAAACCAAUAUAUAAACGCCUCUCCGAGCCAGCCCUCUUACAACGUUGUUUGCUAGGUGCUACCCAAAACGCCAACGAGUCUUUGCAUUCCAAGAUUUGGAGUACUUGUGAUAAAAAGAAAUUUUCUUCUUGGAACAAGGUAACAUUUUCAGUGAUAUCCUCUAUUUAUGACUUUAACUUUGGAUUUGCUGCUUCAAAAAUAAUGAAAAAUAUUCUGUUCUGCAAAAACACGUUUCAUGCCCAUCGUCUUGGUUUGAGUCGACAGAAUCAACGAUUAAGUGGGUCGGCGUAUAAAAAAAGUAAAGUGGUCAUGAGACGACUCCAGAUGAGGAAAGCUGCAAAAGCUCGAAGGGAACUUGAGUUAAGAGAUGCAGAGGGACCUACUUAUGAAGCAGGACAGUUUUAGCUGUUUUUUUUUCUGCUUUUUCUUCUUUUUUCAGAAAUCAACAAAUAUAAAUUUCACGUAGGUCAUUUAGCUGUACACAUGAUUUCUCCUAAACUAAUUGUUUGAUUUUAAUGAAAUUUGAAACACUUGUUCUAGACAUGAUAUACCUUACUUGUAUAAUGAAUUUUUGUGAAACUUUUUAAUACUUUUUUCUAAGUUUUCACAUCUAUACUUUAAACUCAUUUUUCUCAAAAUGUUACUUUUUGCACAUAUCAUUAUGCCUUACUAGGAAUUUCUCCUAAACUACUUGAUAGAUUUCGAUGAAAUUUGAAACACUUCUUAAGGACAUCAUUUACUUUACUCGUACAAUGAGUUUUUUUCAAACUUUUAUUUACUUUUUUUUUAAAAGUAAUUUUAAUUAAUAUUUAUCCCGUUUUUUAUGCCUAAAAUAUAACUAAAAAUUCAAAAAUUUGUAAAAAAAAAACCAUACUUCAAUCUUUAAUUCUGACGUUGUACCAAUUUAGAGGAUCCUUUUCUCUUAUCUUUAAAUUCAAUUUCAUGUAAUUUUGAUCAAUAGUUUUUACAAAAUUCAGAGUUUUAAUUUGUAUACAAUAAACAAUAUGGCCGCCGUUACCAUGGCAACCAUCAUUCAAACAA